CUACAAGAAGAAAGAUGCGGAUUUGUCUGUGGCUCAGGGUCGCAUUAAGGAUCUUGAAGUGCUGUUUCAUAGAAGUGAAGCAGAACUCAACACUGUCCUGAAUGAGAAGCGCAGUCUGGAAGCGGAGGUGGCCGAUUUGCGUGCCCAGCUUGCUAAGGCUGAAGAUGGUCACGCUGUGGCUAAGAAGCAGUUGGAGAAGGAGACACUCAUGCGUGUGGACCUGGAGAAUCGGUGCCAGAGCUUGCAAGAGGAUCUGGAUUUCAGGAAGAAUGUGUUUGAGGAGGAAAUAAGGGAAACAAGAAAACGACAUGAACAUCGUUUGGUCGAGGUGGACACCAGCCGGCAGCAGGAGUACGAAUCCAAAAUGACUCAGGCCCUGGAGGAUCUGCGAAACCAGCACGACGAGCAAGUGAAGCUGUACAAGAUGGAGCUGGAGCAGACCUACCAGGCUAAGCUGGAGAACGCCAAGCUGUCCUCUGACCAAAACGACAAGGCUGCUGGUGCAGCUCGAGAGGAGCUGAAGGAGGCUCGCAUGAGAAUAGAAGCUCUGAGCUACCAGCUCUCUGGCCUUCAGAAGCAGGCUAGUGCCGCGGAAGAUCGCAUUCGUGAGCUGGAGGAGAUGAUGGCUGGUGAGCGUGAGAAGUUCAGGAAGAUGAUCGAUGCGAAGGAGAGGGAGAUGACAGAUAUGAGGGACCAGAUGCAGCAGCAGCUCACGGAGUACCAGGAACUGCUGGAUGUGAAAUUAGCACUGGACAUGGAGAUCAGUGCUUACCGAAAACUCCUGGAGGGAGAGGAGGAAAGGUUGAAGCUCUCUCCGAGUCCCUCCUCCCGUGUUACGGUCUCUCGGGCUACCUCCAGCAGCAGCAGUAGCAGCACUUCCCUUGUUCGCUCUUCCCGAGGCAAGAGAAAACGUAUCGAGGCGGAGGAGCUCUCGGGCAGUGGAACGAGCGGGAUUGGCACCGGCAGCAUCAGCGGCAGCAGCAGCAGCAGCUUCCAAAUGUCCCAGCAAGCUUCAGCCACAGGGAGCAUCAGCAUAGAGGAGAUAGAUCUGGAGGGCAAAUAUGUUCAACUGAAGAACAACUCGGACAAGGAUCAGUCUUUGGGUAACUGGAGACUGAAAAGACAAAUUGGAGAUGGAGAAGAAAUUGCUUACAAAUUCACACCUAAGUAUGUCCUCAGAGCUGGGCAGACUGUAACAAUUUGGGGUGCAGAUGCAGGUGUAUCUCAUAGCCCCCCUUCUGUUCUCGUGUGGAAGAACCAAGGCAGCUGGGGCACUGGAGGGAAUAUCCGCACAUACCUCGUGAACUCGGAAGGAGAGGAGGUUGCAGUGAGAAGCGUUACUAAAUCAGUAGUCGUGCGAGAGAACGAAGAGGAAGAGGAUGAAGCAGAGUUUGGAGAAGAAGACCUCUUCAACCAACAGGGGGAUCCCAGAACAACCUCUAGAGGAUGCGCAGUGAUGUGAAGAAAGGAAAAGGAAACUUUUAUUUGCUCUUCUUUUUUUUUUUUCAUUUAUUUCC